AUGAAAUUGAAGUGCUUAAAACUUGUUGGUGAUUUGCAAGAAACGAAACCAAUGACACUGCCUAGAUGCUAUUUUGUGCACAUUAAGGAGAAGGUAUUAGCUCGCCAACUUCACGGGUUCUGCGAUGCCUUAAUUUCAGCUUAUGCAGCUGUAGUGUACCUUGUAGUUACGACCACAACGCGGAGAUAUGCAACAUUUGUCACAGCGAAGACGAGAGUAGCAUCGAGUCAGAAACAAACGAUCCCAAGAUUAGAACUCUUAUCUGCAGUUAUCCUUGCACGACUUAUGAAGAAUACCUAUGAAGCACUCAAAUCUGUUCUAGAACUGGAUGAAAAUGUUGUAUGUUGGACAGAUUCGUUGGUCAGUUUAUAUUGGAUAAGAGGCGAAACCAAAGAAUGGAAACAGUUGGUCCAGUUGAGAGUUAAUGAAAUUCGAAGCCUUAUCCGUUUAUCAUCAUGGCGACACUGCCCCGGCGUAGAUAAUCCAGCAGACAUCCCAACUCGAAGCAUUAAGUGUUCAGAACUCGGACAGUGUGAACUCUGGCGAAAUGGACCCCCAUGGCUGUCAGAAGAAUUGCAACCUAACGACGAAUUGAUAGAUGAGCCUUCACCUUCGGAAGAAUGUUUACGAGAGCUGAAGAAGAAGCCACACCAUUCACCAACUGCGCUGUUAACCGAAGCGACAGGUCAAGGUAUAAAGGAAAUAAUGAACAUUGCAACAUUCUCGAAUUACCAUCGGCUUCUAAGAGUUAAGGUGUAUGUUCUAAGAUUUAUUCGAAAAUCGAAGGCCAACGUGAAGAGAAGAGCUGAUAAAUCCAAAGAAAGGUUGAAGAAUUCUUGGCCGGAAGAGAUAAAUGAAGCUGAAACGCUCUGGCUAAAGGAAAUGCAAACAUCACUUCCCGGACAAUUGAAGUAUCAAGAUUGGAGACGGCAGUUUGGAAUAUUUGUCGACGAGAAGGGGAUAACGAGAUGCGGUGGAAGAGGAAUGCCAAUAUUCACGAAUCAGCGAAGCAUCCUAUCUUGCUCGAUCCACAGCAUCAGUUAA